AGAGAAGAAAUUGAUUUUCGGUAACCAUUUGAGUGCAGCGCCUGAGUGGUCGUCUGACAAUAACCACAGUAUCAGCCAAUCACCGCACAGUGGGUUAUGAUAAACACACAAGCGCUGUCUUACAUUUCGCACGGUGACGGGCUAAGGAGACGAAUUUGUGAUUUUAGAUCGUGAAUUUGCUGAGUUUCUCUCUUUCGAGAGAAGCUGGAUCUAUGUAUUGGGUAGCUUGACAGUGUGUGAGGGAAUAUGCCUCGUAAAGCCGCUUCUUUUGGCUGUUUCGGAUCGAGAUCCGACCACCCUGAGAUUCGCUAUGGGAUCAACUCUGGCGGAGGGGUACAUGUUUUGCGAGAGUUCUCGCUUCCAAUGCCGGAAGAAAAUGAACUUAACUCCAAAUUUGCCGAGCUUGUGGAAGAGCUCGAUCUCACUGCCGUUCACAAAAAGGCCAUGUUCGAGCUCCCCCCAGAGAAGAAAUGGCAGCUAUAUUUAUCCAAGAAAAAGGAACAAGCUGAACACAGCUCUACAAGUUAUCCAGAGUUUUAUAUUGAUCAGUUGAAAAGUCUCAACUCACAAAAGUUGUGUUUGAUGAAAAGUGAUGAAGAGACAGAGAUGAGGUCUACUCUUCUUGAUGGCCUCAAGACAGCUCUUCGGACGCAGCCCUUAAGAUUUGUCCAUAGAUUUGUUGAGCUAGAGGGUCUUAGCUGCCUAUUAAACUUUCUUCAGAACAUGGAUUAUGAGACAAGUCAAAGCAAGAUUCAUACAGCUGUAAUAGGAUGCUUCAAGGCCCUUAUGAAUAGCUCUCAUGGCAGAGCCCAUGUUCUAGCUCAUCCCACAUGCAUAGACAUCAUUGCACAAAGCCUUCUUACAGAAAAUAUAAAAACAAAAAUACAAGUUCUUGAGAUUCUUGGAGCGGUGUGUCUUGUCCCUGGAGGUCACAAGAAAGCCCUGGAUGCAAUGACUCACUUUCAGAAAUUUGCUGAAGAAAGAACAAGGUUCCAGACCUUGGUCAACGACCUUGACCGCAGCACUGGGGUCUACAAAGAGGAGUUCAACUUAAAAAUUGCCAUCAUGUCAUUUAUUAAUGCUGCUCUCAAGUAUGGUGCUGGUGCUGAGUACUUAGAGUUCCGGGUUCAUCUGAGGUUUGAGUUCCUUAUGUUGGGAAUCCAGCCGGUGAUAGAGAAGCUGCGAACCAUGGAUAACGCCACAUUAACCAGGCAUUUGAACUUCUUCGACAUGGUCCGUAAUGAAGACGAGAAGGAACUCGCUCGCAGAUUCGGAAUGCCUUACAUUGACUUGCGCAGUGCGAGUGGGAUGCUGGAGCUGUUGAGGAGGAAGGUUGGCCACACCUCGGCCUACCCCCACCUACUUUCGAUCCUCCAUCAUCUGCUACUACUCCCCAAUGACCACUCGGUUGCACGACGACUAUGGCAACUCAUUGACCGCGUGGUUCAACAAGUGGUCCUGCAACAAGAUGAUGGAGGGGACCUAGACGUCGCCCCUCUUGACAUCAAUGUCAGCUAUAUCCUAGACACAUUAAUGCAUGAAGAUGAACAGAGGCGAGAAGAAGGGAUUGAGCGAGCCGAAGACCUCAAAGCCAAACUCACAAAGAAGGAGAACGAGAUAGAGAGCAAGAAGGAGGAGAUGGAAGAGAUGAAAGAUGCGCUGGACAAAAUGGCCAUUAAACUGGAGCGACAGAAUCAAGAGCUUCAGGAAGCCAUGCAGAGAGUCCGUCAACAAGACGAGAAGCUCGGCGACGCUGACUCAAAGCUUGAGAUGGAGAGACAAGCAAGGCUGCGACUCGAGGAAGUCAUCAAGGGCGUAGGCGGGUCCAUCCCAGACGACGCCAAGAUCUCGAACCUUUCCAGUGCUAUGGCGGCGGCGAAUAAGCCUUCACCAAUGGCAGGGAUGCCCCCACCACCUCCACCGCCUCCUCCUCCCGGCUUUCCCGGUGGCGCGCCCCCACCCCCUCCCCCACCGUUUGGUGCUCCUCCCCCUCCAGCACUUAAUGGAGGACCGCCACCGCCUCCCGGGGUAAAGGUUGACGGAGCACCAAGCAGCUUUUUCGGCUUCACCAAACAACCGAACCGCAAGACACCCAAGCCGUCCAACCCGCUAAAGUCCUUCAACUGGUCCAAACUACCAGAUUCCAAAAUCAAGGGGACGGUUUGGACAGAUAUUGACGACACAAAGGUUUACAAUGAAAUGGACUUGGAGGACUUUGAUCGGAUGUUCUCCGCUUAUCAAGGAAAAGAGAAUCAGGGAAUUAAAGACUUCACAGACUCCGCAGCGAAACCCAAGGAGCUGUCUUUGAUUGACAGCCGACGCGCGCAGAAUUGCGGCAUCUUACUGACGAAGCUAAAGCUUUCGGACGAAGAAAUAACCAAGGCUAUACUCACGAUAGACGAGGAGGAGGAGUUAUCCAAAGACAUGGUCGAGCAGUUGUUAAAAUACGUCCCCACGGCUGCUGAGAAGAAUCUUCUCAACGAGAACAACAAGGAGAAGGACAACUUCGCGCGCGCGGAUAAGUUCCUCUACGACAUGAGCAGAAUUGUGCAUUAUGAGCAGAGGUUAAAGGCUUUAUUUUUCAAGAAGAAGUUCCCUGAGCGGAUGGGUGAUUUGAAACCUAAAGUUCAAGCGGUUAUUAUGGCGUGCAAGGAAGUAACCCGAAGCAAGCGGAUACGAACCUUGCUCGAGGUCAUUCUCGCAUUUGGGAACUACAUGAAUCGCGGUGCACGUGGAAAUGCUACAGGGUUCAAACUCGCUAGUCUUAACCGAAUCGUGGAUACCAAGUCAAGUGCAAACUCUCGGAUAACGCUGUUAAACUACCUCGUCACCGUCUUGGAGAAGUCUUAUCCGGACGUUCUUAAACUAGAGGAGGAUCUAGCGAACGUCAGAACAGCGGCCAAAGUCAACCUAGCGGAGCUCGAGUCAGAAAUCGUGGCGUUACGAAAAGAGCUGAAGGAAGUUGAAAAGGAGCUGGAUUUCCAGACCCGCAAGCGUGAAAAGAUACCCGGGGAUAAAUUCGUCGAUGUGAUUGGCUCAUUUGUCAAGGUCGCACAAUUCAGCUGCUGUGAGGUCGAGGAGGCCUGGGAAGAGCUCAAACAAAAGUUUUUUAAAGCGGUCAAGUUGUUCGGGGAAGAUCCCAAGAACUUGUCGUCGGAUCAAUUCUUCGGAAUCUUUAACGUUUUCCUCGUCUCCUUUGCGGAGGCGAAACAUCAAAAUGAAGAGAUUAAAAAGAAGAAAGAGGCGGAAGAGAGGAAAAGGCGAGCAUUAGCCGAGCAAAAAGAGCGCGACCGCCAGAAAUCUGCCAUCAAAAAGAUGAUGACACCGGAUAAGAAACAAUCUGCUUCACAGAAGAAAGUGAACACGGACAACCGCGGGGAGUUCGACGAUCUGAUCUCCGCACUUCGGACAGGUGACGUGUUCGGGGAUGAAAUGAGUAAGAUAAAAGGUCGUAGGCGGACGGCCCCACCCAAAGUUCCUCGUAAACCGGACAGUCAAGAACGAGAGCGUGCAUCGCCAAAACUCGGCACAAAGGUAAUGCACUAGCGGUUGCUUAUUUGAGUCGCGAGACGCAAUGAUGGGACCGGCUUGUUGGCCGAAAUCUACAGCGGUAUCAUGGGGCUAAUUCGUCAAGGUGAAAUGAGCUAAUUUGACUGCUGAUGUUGCGUAUGAGUCUGAAUAUUUUUCGAAACAAAUUACAAGUUUUUUUUGGAGAUGCGCAAAAAUCGCUCUAAAAGACGUCAUAAGGCACACAAAGGACAUCUGAUGUUGUGUAUGAGACCACGAGUCCUGAAACAUACGUUUAUGAAAUGCAAGAAAACGCCCCCAAUGACGGAGCAGAAAAGGAAGUAAAAACAAAGACGCUCAUAUCGAGGGAAAGAAAGAAUAGGUAGACACUAACAAUUUAA